AUGGACCCAGCUACUGCUAAUCAUACCCUCACCGAAGAAUUUACGGAGGUCGUCGUUCCUGAGAUGCUGGAAAAAGAAGCAGCAGCUACGGUUGAUGUCAACCCAACGUUAACCACAUCUUCUCCAGCACCAUCUUAUAUUGAAUUGAUAGAUCCAGGUGUUCACAACAUUGAGAUUUACGCAGAAAUGUACAACCAUCCGGUAUAUCGUGUUGCUCUAUUCUUCUCACUUUUCCUUAUUGCCUAUGCUUAUGGGCUAGAUGGUAAUAUCCGUUAUACUUUCCAGGCGUAUGCUACUUCGUCGUACUCCCAGCACUCCCUACUGUCAACUGUCAACUGUAUCAAGACAGUUAUUGCGGCUGUAGGACAGAUCUUCUUUGCCAGAUUAUCUGAUAUUUUCGGCAGAUUCUCCAUCAUGAUCGUCAGUAUCAUUUUCUACAGUAUGGGGACGAUCAUCGAAUCACAAGCCGUGAAUAUUACAAGAUUUGCUGUUGGUGGCUGUUUUUACCAACUGGGUCUUACCGGUAUUAUUCUAAUUUUGGAAGUUAUUGCUUCGGAUUUUUCUAACUUGAACUGGAGGUUGUUAGCCUUAUUCAUUCCAGCCUUACCAUUUAUCAUCAACACUUGGAUUAGUGGGGACGUGACAAGCGCCAUAGGUACUAAUUGGAAAUGGGGUAUUGGUAUGUGGGCUUUCAUACUGCCGCUAGCUUGUAUUCCGCUUGGACUUUGUAUGUUGCACAUGAGAUAUUUAGCAAGAAAGCAUGCAAAAGAUAGAUUGAAGCCUGAGUUCGAAGCGCUGAACAAAUUGAAGUGGAAGUCAUUCUGCAUAGACAUCGCUUUUUGGAAAUUGGACAUCAUCGGAAUGUUAUUAAUUACUGUAUUUUUCGGAUGUGUAUUGGUUCCAUUCACGUUAGCUGGUGGCUUGAAGGAAGAAUGGAGAACCGCCCAUAUUAUUGUCCCUGAAGUCAUCGGUUGGGUUGUGGUGUUACCACUAUAUAUGAUAUGGGAAAUGAAGUACUCAAGACACCCAUUGACACCGUGGGAUUUGCUUCAAGACAGAGGCAUCUUUUUCGCCCUGCUCAUUGCAUUCUUCAUCAAUUUCAACUGGUAUAUGCAAGGUGAUUACAUGUAUACUGUACUGGUCGUCGCAGUACAUGAAUCCAUUAAAUCGGCCACAAGAAUUACCUCCUUGUAUUCAUUUGUUUCCGUUAUCGUUGGUACAAUCCUUGGGUUCAUACUGAUUAAAGUGAGAAGGACUAAGCCUUUUAUUAUAUUUGGCAUUUCUUGUUGGAUUGUCUCAUUUGGUCUUUUGGUUCAUUAUCGUGGUGACUCUGGAGCACAUUCCGGUAUCAUUGGUUCUUUGUGUCUAUUAGGUUUCGGUGCAGGUUCAUUUACUUAUGUGACACAAGCUUCCAUUCAAGCUUCCGCUAAAACUCAUGCAAGAAUGGCAGUAGUAACCUCGUUAUAUCUGGCCACUUACAAUAUUGGCUCUGCAUUUGGUAGUUCUGUUAGCGGAGCUGUCUGGACUAAUAUCUUACCGAAAGAAAUUUCGAAAAGGAUUUCUGAUCCCACACUGGCUGCUCAAGCAUACGGCUCUCCAUUUACAUUCAUUACCACUUAUACCUGGGGAACACCAGAGAGAAUUGCUCUAGUCAUGUCUUACCGCUAUGUUCAAAAAAUCUUAUGUAUCAUAGGUUUGGUAUUCUGCUUUCCUUUGUUAGGUUGCGCCUUCAUGUUGAGAAAUCACAAACUAACGGAUUCUAUUGCUCUUGAAGGCAAUGAUCAUUUGGAAAGUAGAAAUUCUUCUGAAACUGAGGAGAAGGAAGAAAGUUUCUUGAAAAGUAAAUUCUUCACACAGUUUACAAGUAGCAAAGGCAAGGAAAAUUAA